CGCUCGUGGUAGGAGGACGCUAGUAGUCGAUGUCGUGUGCUUUUUGUAUGCUCUCUUGAGUUUGGCCUGGCUAUAUCGUACGAAACUCGUAUUUUACGUUUGCAGUGCCUUGGAGUGUUGAUAAUUGGUUAUCUUACGGUGAUGUGCGAAUGAAAAUGGAUUUAGUAUCUGUGUACUGCGUAUAUGUCUAAGCAGGUGUUUGGUGUAUGCUAUCUCUGCGCUGCUUAAUAUCCAAGAGCCUUUUUGGAGUGACCUUCGCAUCGCUCUCUCGCUGUUGUUAACCUCCGUGGUAAAAUAAACUCCUUUAUUUGGAAAUGUGACGUUGCCAUGGAAAGCUCUUACCUGUAUCGGUUCUCACCUGCAGUACUGGAAAGUGAGUGUAUUAGAGUGGUGGCGGGGCGCUGAGGACUUGUGAGAGGCCUGCCUGCUGCCGCCAACUUGCCGCAUACCGCGCUCGCUUUUCAAGGUGUGCAACGCCACAAAUAUGGUCGGACUUCCUCACGGGGAAACGGAACAGUGAUUUCCCAGUUUUGUUUUCGUUACAUUGGUCGAGACGUUAACAGAGACAGCAAGUGAAGAACAAUGGGCCGCCUGAAAGCGUGGCAGAACCUCAACCCACUCUUCUCAGGGAAAUACAAGAAGCUGUUGGAAGAAUAUGGUUCCAAGGACUAUUCGAGGUUGUUGCUGCAGGAGUCGCUGCAGGACUACCUCUCCUACGCCUGUGGCCAGUGUGGACACAUACAGAAAUUACAGGCCGAGGAACUCAAUAGCAUCGUGGGUCACGCCUUCCGCCUUGCCUACGCCGCCCACCUCCAGAAAUCCGGAGCCACCAUACGUGAUGUGAUCCCCACUCACACUCAUGGCAAUACCCCCCCACUCCCACACACUCUAGCCCACCAUCACAGUCACGCCCACACUCACACACCCUCGCCCUGUGGUACCCCAGCGCAUGCCCACAUCCACACACAUACCCACACACAUCCACAUCCGCGGACGUGUGAUCAUAUUUGUUCAUCGUUAUCACAACAGGCUGCUGCAGCUUCUCCUGAGUCUAGUCCCAGCUCCAAAAUGCGAACCCCCGGUAGCUCCGCCGUAGCCUCUAGCCCCACACACAACUUGUUGGGGCUACAGAAACCUUCCUCUCUGCCUGGCCUACACAGCCACCCAGAGAAUGACAACAUUGUUCAUUCACCUGAUAGUGAGAACAGCAAUAGCCCGUCUGAGUUAAACAGCUCUAAGAGGCUAGCAGACAAGCCACCACUCAUCAAAAAGUUGAGUGUUGCCCUCGAAUCCACUUUGAACUUGGAGGAGGACCUUCACCCCCUAGUCACCUCCUCCUCCUCUCCCUCCCCAUCUUGUCAAACCUCGUGCGUUACUACUAGUACCAGCUCCUCCUCGACUACCAGCACUGCAGUUGUUGGUUAUGUCAAUGAGAAGGUCAGCGAUUCUUCUGUAAACAGUGUCCUAUCUGCAGAUGGCCAAGACCAACAAGAUACUGACAAUAAGUGCCGACUUUCAGACGAUGUCAAACUAAAGCGCAUCUCUCAGAUCUCUGUGAGCUCCAGUGCUUCCUCGGGAGUAGUGGGUCUUGAUGUCUCCACUUCAAGUACACGUUCAGCAUCUCCACCACCUCUUCCUGAACGAUCAGACUCUCUCACUCCUCCAGAGGAACCUCAUCUCAAGACUGCUGCUUGGUUUCAGGCAGGCAUACCUAGGUAUGAACUAGAGAUUGCUUUGGAGGUCCUCAGUCAUGAGCCAGUUGGAGCAUUCAUGGUGCGAGAGUCUACCAGUAAACCAGGCUGUUAUGCCCUCAGCCUAAGAGUGCCACGGGAUUUCACGGUCUCGGGCAUUGCACACUAUCUCAUUGUUAAAACAAAUAAAGGAUACAAAAUUAAGGGUUUCACCAAGGAAUUCAACACCCUGACGGCACUGAUUACUCAUCACUCAGUAAUGCCUGAGCUACUUCCGUGUCCACUCUCCCUGAGCCGAUACAACCCUACCUUUACCUCCGAUGACCAAAACCGAAAUGACUCAAAUGAUGAUGAUCCAGAUUAUAAUACACUUUCUGACUUCAGGAAGAUGAUGGCUGACUUGAAUGUGUAAACUAGAAAUUUUAUAAAUUUAUAGAAAAGAAAUAAUACUACAGUGUAUAUAUAUAUAUAUAUAUAUAUAUAUAUAUAUAUAUAUAUAUAUAUAUAUAUAUAUAUAUAUAUAUAUAUAUAUAUAUAUACUACAGUAUUAUUGUCUUGAAGUUUGGAAAAAAAUCUUUUGCAAAGAUCAUUAAAGCGAUAACAAAGAAUAAAAAAGCAAUGAAAAUUAAUAUUUUCAUGGACUGGACAGAAUAUAUCAUGAUUGCUUGCCAUUUAGUAAAUCUGUAUCCUGCAUUAUGAGAAUAUAACUCUCAUUUCAGUUCUAUAUCACAGUGUUUGAAACAAAACAAAAAACUGCAGAAGAGAGUGAUAAACCUUGAAAAUAAACAGCAAACACAGACACAGUGAAACUUUUACAUGUGUUCAUAUGAAAUUUACUUUGUAUACGUGAAGUAUAGAACAUUCAGUAUAUAAAAUACAGAACUGCAAUUUGAAGAUAAGAUACACAUUUGGUUUGUGAUAUAUGAGAGAGGGAUGGAACUGUGAAAUAUUAGUACAGAACUGUAUAGUGUAUUUAAAGCUGUGCUUAAAGAAGCCUACAAUGGUUUUAUUGGAAUACAGGAACAUUGCACCUCAAAAACAUAAGUUUCUGAUUUCAUCUUUUUGGGGAAAAAAAAUAUGGAUGGUGUUUUAGAAAUUGUCAGUCCAGAGAAGUCAGGAACUCCUGAAAAAAAAAUAUGAAGAAGAGAGCAGUGUCUUCAAGUAUUUUUGUGGUAUAGUGAUGACCGUGCUCGAGUGAUGUUCAGUGCCACUUUUAUAUGUAGAUACUUUUAAGACCAUGAUGCAUCAUUUUCUGAGAACAGCAUUUGAUACCCCAUAUGUAGAGUAAAUAAUGUAAAAGCAGGAGCAGUGGACACUGUAAUGUGAACCUUAAAAUAAGACACCCAAGUUCUGUGUUGUACAGAACUCUUUGUUUUGUAGAAUCUUUAACAUUUACUAGGGUGAUUUUGUAUAUAAAUUAUUGCUCAUGAAUUAUUUGUCACAUUUUCAAGUGUUCUUGUUGCUUUUUAUUAUUUACUUUAUGGUGUGCCCACCCUACAGCCUUAUUACACUGCACUUAGCUUCAAAAGAAUGUCAGUAUUGUGACUGCCAGAGGCAUUAUCAACCAAUUUCUUAGUUCUCAGUUAGUAGAUAAACUGUACAGUGACUGUGCUUGGUAGGCAAAUUAUAUAAAAAGAUGAAAACCAUAGUUAUUGACAAAAUAUAUGCUUGAUUAGACAAGGAACUGUCCAUUUACACUAUUAUCUGAGGUACAGAAAUUUUAUUUAAAGUAGAUGAGGUCAAGAGUGUCUUUUAUAAUGCCUAUCCCUGUGGUACGUCAUUCCAAGGAGAAAAUACCAAAUGUGGGACCAGCAUUUUAGGAGUUUAUUGAUUUUACUCACGAUUUGCAAUCUCAUAACGUCAUCUCAUUACCUUCAUAAAUUUUAAAAUGUUGGUAAUGUAGGUAAAAUGUAAAGGAAAAAUACCAACAAUGUUUUAUAUGACAUUAAUGAUUUUGUUUUAUAAAGCAUGAAUGGUUGAUUGAUAUACAGUACAUAGUUACUGGGAGGAUAGUCAUAGAUCCUUCAUCAUUCUGCUUCCAUGCAGAAAGCCAAUGUUAAGGCUCUUUAUGUGCUUCCUCAUGUCAUAACAAGCAUUUAGAUCGCCUCUUUCCUCUCUGCAUCAUUAAAGAUUAAUAAAAAGUGGAUUUUCAAGUUUAAUGUAUUUUAAAACAUUUAGGAUUUAUGAUCGACUAUAUAAUAGAUUGUGUAAUAGCAAAUAUUGAUCACUAGACAAACACGGUAUCAUUAAUUUAAAUAAUGUAAUUUAAUUUUCACCAUAAUUUUCUCAUUAUUAUUGAUUUUUUUUCAUGUUUCUUUUGAUUAAACUAUAUCCACACUUAUCUUUUAAUUAAAGUGAGAAUAAUUUUGGAAACAAAAUGUUCAUAUUAUAAGCUACUAAGGAGUUGCCAAGCAAAUCAGUUUGUAAUCUAGUUCCAAAAUUAGUGCAUAUAGUGCAUGGACGUCUUGUGGGUUUUUUUACAUCACUGGGAAUAAGUUUUGCAAUAAAAAAGUGUGGUGCAUUGUUGUGUGGGUGUGGUGUUGUGUGGCUAUACUACUGCUGCUGCCACUAUUGCUGUUCUGAGAACAAAGUUGAGCUGACUGGUUAUACUGCUUAUUUGUAGCACUUUCCAAAGAGUGUAUAGUAAUCCCUUUUGAAGCUUUAUUGUGAUAUCAGCAAUUUACAGAAACUUCUGAGAGUGUUGCACACAACCAUGUUAAACGAAUUCUUAAACUGUUUCAGUGAACUAAGGAGUGUUCAACCAAUCAGAAGUUUUCACAGGGAACUAAAGCCAAUUAGAACCCUCACAAGAUGUUUCAGAAUUUGGACUGCUGUUUCUUUUAUGCUGUGGAAGUCAUUUAAUGUGAUAUGUAUGUAUAUUUUAUACAGUUGUAUCAUUUGAUACAGAAUCAGUCGUUUUCUUUUAAUAUUGUUAAGGCUGAGUCUAAACUCUGCAGGAACAGCUGUAGUCAUGAAACUCAGUCUUUAUUUAGAUCUAUAAGUUGGACACAUAUGUAGCCAAAAUAGAACAGACACACUUAGUAGCUGAAUUACCACAUUAAUUAUUAUUUACAGUGAUUUUCUGAAAAUACCAACUAUAUCUGCAUUAGACUAUUGAAAAUAAGACAGAGAUAUAGUUUCUUAUUGCACUGAUUAAAAUAUAUUUGUAUGAAAUUCUCUCCAAUAAUCUGAGGGACGGCUUAGUUGAUAUUACAUUUUCAUACUAUUCUGAUCUAUUAAAAAUGUUUUUGUAUCCUCUAAAAACUGGGCUACAAAAGUACAUGUAUCACAGACAAAUAUCUUUGAAUGGUAAUUGCAAAAUUUUACCUUGACAUUGUUUGAAAAAAAUUACCCAAAAUGAAUUGAAUGUGAAAGAUCCCAUACAAGAGAAUAUCUGAUCUUAAGCUAUCUUGUCAUUAUUAUUAUUACUGUAUUAUUAUUAUUAUUAUUAUUGGUAGUGGUAGUAUAAUAAUUAUAAUAUUGCUGGAAAAUAUUUUUGUUAGGCAAUUCUGAGACAAUAUCCAAAGUGAGAAAAAUAAUCUUUCCAUAAACAGUUUAACUGAUAAAUGUCACUUUUAUCAUUUUGGUUUACUUGACAACGGUGAAUCUUAUUUCAAGGAUGAGUAAACACAUGAAGAAUGACUUUUUUUUUAAUUACCAAAUGUUAUGCAACUUCUACACAAUCAUGAUCAUUCAUAAUCUAUCAUAGUCAAACAUUGAUCCAUUUUUUCUUUGAUUGACUAUUAAGUGUUUUAUGCCAUAAAAUUUUGUUUAUUUAUUUUGUUACAUUGUUCUCUUUCAGUUCUCGUCUGAUUAUUUUGGGAAAGAACUUCCUCCAAACAUUUUGUUCAAAUAGAAUCCGUAUUACCAAAAUGUGUUAACCAAUAAUUAAAUGACUGUGUGAAUAUUUUUCUUUUUACUGCUGUUUGUUCUUUACCAUUGGUUUUUAACCUUAUAAAAUAUCAUAUUUUCAUCUUGCAUAAUCUUAUUUUUAAUAUUGCUUCACUAAUGUGUGCAACAUGUAUAUGUGUAAUAUAUAUAUACCAUAUAGAUCCCUACUUACAUGCAGUAAUAUUCUCCCAUCAAAAUUAUGUUAAUAAAAGUAAAUAUUGCAA